CUCCUGUGGCAGUGAGGGGUUUGCCGUCCGCCCGCGGUUUGCUUCUUAGAUUGGGCGAGCAGUUUGUUAGAUUGUUGCCGGUGUGUCGUUGGAGGGGUAGGCCUGAGGCUGCGACAGCCGGUCAGUCAGUGCUGCUGAAAAUGAGACGAUCUGCAGCACCAAGUCAGUUGCAGGGUAAUUCCUUGAAAAAACCAAAAUUUGUACCACCGGGAAGAAGCAAUCCAAGUUUGAAUGAAGAGAUUACAGAAGUAAAUCCGGAUAUAAAAUUACUUGAGGGUGUAGCAAGUAAUGCAUUUCUUCAGGCAGAGAAUGAUUCUGGAGUAUGCAGUUCAAAUCUUUUGCCUACUAAAGGAAAAACUAGGGAAAUUAAUGAUGGGAAUAAUUACAGUGGGAAAUGUUUUGAAGCAUCUGCAGUGACAACAUUAGAUUCACCUCCUUUAGCUCCUAAAGAAGUAACAGAGUUCAUGGGACAAGAAGAGGAAUCUGAUAGCCUCAUUAAAUAUUUUAAUGUUGUUUGGUGUAAACCUUCAAAGAAAAAACAUAAAAAGUGGGAAGGUGAUGCUAUUCUUAUUGUAAAAGGAAGGUCAUUUACAUUGAAAGAUUUGGAAGGCAAAGACAUUGGAAGAGGCAUUGGAUAUAAAUUCAAAGAGCUUGAAAAGAUUGAAGAGGGCCAAACACUGAUGAUUGCGGGAAAAGAAAUAGAAAUCAUGGGGAUAAUUCCUCCGGAUGACUUCAACAGUGGCAAGUGUUUUCAGCUUGGAGGAGGAAGUCCUGCUACCCCAAGUUCUCAAACUGCCAGAAAGAGCUUUUCUAACCCUUUCAAGAGUGUUUGUAAACCAAGUUCAAAGGAAAAUAGACAAAAUGGUUCCCAAAAUUGCAAACCACGCCAUGAUCCACAUGCACCAAAUUCCCUUGUUAUGCCACGACCAGACAAGAAUCACCAGUGGAUGUUCAAUAAGAACCAUUUCCCUCUUGUAGAUGUAGUGAUAGAUCCUCACCUUGUUUAUCAUCUUCGCCCACACCAGAAAGAAGGAAUCAAAUUCCUUUACGAAACUGUAAUGGGAAUGAGAAUGAAUGGCAGAUGUGGAGCUAUUCUUGCUGAUGAAAUGGGUUUAGGGAAAACGUUGCAGUGUAUUUCACUCAUCUGGACCCUACAGUGUCAGGGACCCUACGGAGGAAAGCCAGUGAUAAAGAAGACACUUAUUGUCACACCUGGAAGCUUGGUGAAUAAUUGGAGAAAAGAAUUUCAAAAAUGGCUAGGAAGUGAAAGGAUCAAAGUAUUUACUGUUGAUCAGGACCACAAAGUUGAUGAAUUUAUCAAAUCUACAUUUUAUUCUGUUCUUAUCAUCAGUUAUGAAAUGUUACUUCGUUCCUUGGAUCAAAUUAAGAAUGUAAAAUUUGAUCUUCUAAUCUGUGAUGAGGGGCAUCGUUUGAAGAACAGUGCCAUUAAGACAACUUCAGCCCUCAUCAGCCUCUCUUGUGAGAAAAGAAUAAUUUUAACUGGUACUCCAGUUCAGAAUGAUCUGCAAGAAUUUUUUGCAUUAAUUGAUUUUGUAAAUCCUGGAAUAUUAGGUUCUUUGUCAUCUUAUAGGAAAAUAUAUGAAGAACCCAUCAUUAUGUCGAGAGAACCUUCUGCUUCUGAGGAAGAAAAGAAGUUAGGAGAAAGAAGAGCAGCAGAACUUACCUGCCUUACUGGAGUUUUUAUUCUUAGAAGAACCCAGGAAGUUAUAAAUAAAUAUCUUCCACCUAAAAUAGAGAAUGUAGUCUUUUGCCGACCAGGUGCACUACAGAUUGAACUUUAUCAAAAGCUGUUGAAUUCUCAGGCUGUCAGGUUCUGUCUUCAAGGGUUGCUGGAAAAUAGUUCUCAUCUAAUAUGCAUAGGAGCUCUUAAGAAACUAUGCAAUCACCCCUGCCUUUUGUUCAACUCUUUAAAGGAAAAGGAACAUAGCUCAACUUGUGAUGAAAAUGAAGAAAGGAGCCUAUAUGAAGGCUUGCUAAGGGUGUUCCCUGCUGAUUACAACCCUCUUCUGUUCACUGAAAAGGAGUCAGGAAAACUACAGGUGCUGUCAAAGCUCUUAGCAGUUAUCCACGGACUUCGUCCUACUGAAAAGGUGGUGUUGGUAUCCAACUAUACACAGACCUUGAAUAUUUUACAAGAAGUAUGCAAGCGUCAUGGAUAUGCUUACACAAGACUUGAUGGACAAACACCGAUCUCUCAAAGGCAGCAAAUUGUUGAUGGCUUCAAUAGUAAAUACUCUUCUGAUUUUAUUUUUUUGUUAAGUUCAAAAGCUGGUGGUGUGGGACUUAAUCUUAUUGGAGGAUCUCACUUAAUUCUUUAUGACAUUGAUUGGAAUCCAGCCACUGAUAUCCAGGCUAUGUCUAGAGUAUGGAGAGAUGGUCAGAAGCAUUCUGUAUAUAUUUACAGACUCCUAACUACAGGUACUAUAGAAGAAAAGAUCUAUCAAAGGCAGAUCAGUAAGCAGAAUCUUUCAGGGGCAGUUGUAGAUGUAACUAAGACAUCUGAACAUACACAGUUUUCAGUAGAAGAACUUAAAAAUUUGUUCACAUUACAUGAAAGUUCACUUUGUAUCACUCAUGACCUGCUUGACUGCACAUGUACAACAGGAAAAGAUCAUACAGAUGAUUCUUCGGAAAAGUUUGCUGUGUCUGGACAUUGUCAGCUUGACCCACACCACCAGAAAUCAAACUCCUUGAAACCUCUUUCCAUGUCACAGCUGAAGCAGUGGAAACAUUUUUCUGGAGAUGAUUUAAAUCUGACAGAUCCUUUUCUUAAAGGAAUAAGAGAAAAUGUGUCAUUCUUUUUUCAGAACAUAACCAAUCAAGCUACUGCCAUGUAAUGAAAGAUCGCUUCAUGAUGUUCCCUUGCUCCCAUUGUAAAAUUUAGCAUAGUGAUUAAAUGUAAUUUUUGAAAAUUAAUA